ACAGCUUUUACAAUAUAUCAAAUUUCCAACACCGGUGUCAAGAUAAACAAAUGGCGGAUAAAUCACGACCAGACAGUGAUAAACCAGUAAUUUUUUCAAGAGCACAUCUGCUGAUUGAAAGAGAAUAUGAAAACUUCCAGAAGGAUAACCCAUGGGGAAUUGAAGCCCGUCCACUGACAAAUGAAAAUGUGUUUGAAUGGGUUGCAAAGAUGAGGGGCUUGCAGGACACAGUAUGGGAAGGAGGAACAUUUACAUUAUACAUCAAGUUUGAUGAGCAUUUUAAUGUCAGACCACCUGACGUGUGCUUCCAUACUAUUCCUUUCCAUCCAAAUGUUGACAUGAUCACAGGCCGUCCCUGUAUAGACUUCCUAGACAACUAUUCACAGUGGAAGGAAACAUACUCCCUAACAAAGAUUCUAGUCACAAUUCAGGACUUACUGGCGAAUCCUGACCUGAGCAAGCCUGUGAAUGGUGAGGCUGCAGAGAUGAUCAUGAGGUCGCCUCACACAUACAGACAGAUGGUGCUAGACUGUGUGGUGGCCUCACAACGAGUGGAGGACUCCUACCAGAGCAUUGACCCUGCUAAAUACAUAAUACAGACACCACACGCAGACCUGGAAUCCAGGGUAAGGUUCAAGGUGCCAGACACACAGAAGUCCAGCCGUAAAAUAUUUACUUCUCGCCCACCAGCCAAGAUGGCAAAACUCUCAUUUGAGGACUACCAUGUCACCUGGAGUGGGAUAGCUACCUCAAAGGCUCGACAGGACCUUAAAAAUCCUUUGUUGGAGGCGAUCAAAGACAAGCCUGCCCUACAGAAGGCUCACCUUGGCCUGCCCCAAGAGGAGAUCGAGGAACAGAUGAAAAGACAACUUGAGGAACAUGAGACGCUGAUGUAUGGUCGGUUCCGCACCAAACCUUCAGAGGAGGAGGAGAGAGCUGUAAAACUGGCACGGCUCAAUAAGAUGAAGAAAAUAUAUCUCCCACCUCGAAUGUCACCCACCAACAUCCACAGCACAGAGCCGCCACCACCAUCUGGGAAAGGGAAAGAAGAACCAUGGGAGAAAGAGGUGGACGACCUUGUCGCCUGGACUUCCAAACUUGAUGCCAAGGCACUAGAGGUCUGAGCCUGGAGACCUCAUGAUUAUGGUUUUAGACUCCAGGUCACAAAUUGUGAUCAGCAGUGAAAUAUUUACAUUGUCUUUCAUUACAAGAGUCCCUUGACGUGUGAAAAUUAUUGUGAAGCAGUAAUUAUAUAUCAUAAUGUAUCGAGACAUACGUGUGAGGCAUAGAUCUUCACAUUUUCAGAUUACCACAAUGUUAAAAAAAUAAGACUUUGCAAGUGUUUGUUGCACAGGCAUACAGGAAAAAGUUUAUUAUGUAUAUAAUUGCAAUGGGCAUGGACAAAUAAUUGCUGACAUUCAUGUAAUACAUUUGAAUUAAUAACCUUGCUGAAGGCACAUGUAAAACAAAUUAAUGAAACAGAUAUUGUCAUUUGUUGUUGGAAAAAAAUGUUGUAUUUGUUGUUUAUUUACUGAAAAUAAUAAAUUAUUUUUUUACAUCUACAGUUUGUUGUAUUCAAGUAAUCAUGUCCAACUUUUGGGACCAUGCAGAAGCCAUAUUCGCCCUACAGGUUACCAUGGAAAUGUAAAUGAGAACAAGAGCUGUCACAGUAUGUGACGAAUGCCCCCGAAUGUGACAUUGACCUAUGAACAAGGUCAGUACAUGAAAAGUUAAACAUCAAACAAAUACAUAUGGCAAGUUAUUUUAAAUUGCCUCUGAACAUAAAAAAAUACCACCCGUACUUGACAACCUACAUUCUUAUGUCCUUAAAUUCAGCAUUUCAUUGUGAAUAAACACAAAGUGUAUCUUUCACCUUAGAGGUAGGAACAUGGGUCUUGCACGUGACACGUUGUCUUGGUAUGUCGAACACAUGUGGCAAGUAAUUUUAAAAUCUGUCCAUACAAGAAAAAGUUGUGGACAUAACAACCAAUACUCUGUAUCCUUAUAUGCAGCACUCCAUUGUUAAUAAACACCUAAGUGUGACCUUGACCUUAGAGGUAGGGACACGGUUCUUGCACGCAACACAUUGUCUUGGUAUGUCGAACACAUGUGGCAAGUUAUUUUAAAUUCUGUCCAUACAAGGGAAAGUUACAGCCCGGACACGACAACCUAUACUCUUUGUCCUUAUAUGCAGCAUGCCAUUGUGAAUAAACACUAAGUGUGACCUUGACCUAAGAGGUAGGGACACGGGUCUUGCACGCGACACAUCGUCUUGGUAUGCCGAACACAUGUGGUAAGUUAUUUUAA